CAAAUUUCACAUUCCAAAAAGAAGAAAGCCUAAUAAACUCCAAAAAAAAAUGUCAAACUUAAAUCUUCUCUUCACCAUUGCCAUUCCCUUGUUAUUCCACUUCUAUAUUUCACCCGCAAACAGCGAUAACCUCCAAGACAUGUGCCCAACCGACACCUCCUCUCAUAGAACCAUGUUCAUCAAUGGCUUCCCUUGCAAAAACCCAUCAAACAUUACAACAUCCGAUUUCAAAAAUUUACAAUUAAGCCACCAAGGUAGCACCGACACAUUCCUACGCUCGUCUGUAACCCUAGUCACUGCUUCUGAGUUCCCGGGUCUCAACACUUUAGGGUUAUCAACAGGUAGAACUGAUUUAGAAGUUGAUGGGUUAGUGAUGCCUCACACGCACCCAAGAUCGAGUGAAAUGAUGUUUGUGGUAAAAGGCGUUGUGAUUGUUGGGUUUAUUGAUACGGAUAGUAAACUUUUUCAAAGUGUUUUGAGGGAAGGUGAUGUGUUUGUGUUCCCAAAAGGGUUGUUGCAUUAUUGUAUGAAUAGUGGGUUUGAAGAUGCGAUGUUUUACUCGGUGUUUAAUGCACAAAAUCCAGGAGUUGUUGAUAUAUCGAAUGCUAUGUUUGGGGAUAAAGCGUCUGAAAUGAUGAAAAUGGCAAUGGCGAAAUUGGUUUCGCUUACUAAAGUUGAAGAUGUUCGUGUGGAUGAUGGUUAUAAGAAUUUUUAUGAUGAACUUUAGAAUUAUAAUGUUGGGUUUGGUUUUUUUGGUUUUUGGUGUUUAUAAUGUGUAAUGUGUGUGUAUAUGAAAGGAUUGAUAUAUUGGCAUAUGUAUAUGCUUUUUAAAAUGAAAUACUUCAAUUUAUUGAA